AUGGUACGACAGUUGUACCAAUGCCGGCGUCUGAGAAAAAGUUCUCCUGGUACAACUGCUGUACCAGCCGGCUUCGAGAGGUUAAACCCAUCCAAAUCAGAAUUCGCUUAUUAUAAAAUUUUAUAUCAUAUUUUUCUUUAUCGAAAGAAAUCCCUUAUAAUUUUCAAUGUUUUAUUUAGGUAUCGAGAUUAUCGGAAUCCUCCAUUUUCUGAAAAUAAGUACGCAUAUAGUGAAGAAUAUUGGCAUUUACUCUCUGUACGUUUUGCAUUUGUCCUUGUAUUUGAGAAUGUGAUAUUGAUGACUACAACUCUGACACGUUGGCUUAUACCUGAUAUUCCAAAGAAACUUAUGGAAAGGAUUCGACAUGAAAAUUUUAUCACAAGUGAAAUCAUGAUUGCUCAGGAAUUGCGCAGAGCUAAAGGUCUUACAUCUAGUCUAGAAGACAAAAGUACAGGAGAUAGUAUGAGAUCUCCUAAUCCUGCUUAUGAUAAUCCUCUCAUAAAAGAAGAACUAAUAUAAUCUGCUUGCAGAAAAUCUUAAAGUUGAACAGUACAAAAUGUUCUAGUUUUAGUUAAAAGUCACAGUUGCCAUCUGUAAAAUAUACUUGUUGAUAACUAUAGUUGUCAUCCAUAACUUAUCUGUUUCGUUGAGGAAUCCUUCCACGUGCAUGUCAUGAAAGCUGUAUAGAAAUUAAAAUAUAUUUAUUCAUUUUAUAGGGAAUUUUUAUGCAUUUUUAUUGAAAGUAUAUUUUAUCAAACACAGUACUUGCCAUUUUCACUUAUGAAUAAGUACUUAAAAAUAAGCAGUCAUACAUUUCAGUCUAUUUCAGAUUAUUCUUAAAGUAAACAGAAUAUCUAAAAAAAAAGCCAUGAACUAUUUGAUAGGAAACAGAUUCUUGUAGCAGUGAACUCUCUUGAUAUAGAGAAUAAUAAUAUUUCAAAUGGGAUUUAAGUUAUAAUCAUGAACUGUACCUUGAUAUAUUAAAUAAAAUCACAUUUGGACAUUAUUUUUAAUGAAUGCAUAUGCUUCUACAGAGAUUAUUCCUUGGCAUUUUUGCUAUUAAUCCUUGUAUUUACCCUAAAGUACUGAAUGUAGUUUCUAUUGAAUUUUUAUCUAAGAAGUUUUGGUUUUCUAAGUACCCAGUCUUAGACUAUACUUCAUACACAUUUUAGAUCUGAAAAUACAAAUUUUAUUAUUUUAAAUUGCACAUGUCUAGAUACAGAUUUUUGGGAAUUUAAUCUAUAAUUAUAUUUUUCAUUUUUUAGUAAACCUUCAUUUAAAAUUAUGGAUUAUUUUCAGAAAAUUAUUCUGCUGCUUCCUUUUUUAAUACAUCUUUUUUAAUAACUGAAUUCUAGAUUCUGGAAAUUAUCUUUAAUUUUAAUAAAAAAUUUUCUUUUCUAAGUUUCCGACAUUACUUUUAAUCUAUAUUAUUCAUACUCUUUAAUAUUUUGUAAUAAAUAUUUGUUGACCAUAAAGGUGUUUUGGAAUUUAUAGGAUUGUGAUAUAUAAAAUUUAUUCUGGGACAUAAUAUGAAAAUGUUCAUUAAGUAUGGUUUGAUACUAGUCCAAUAAAAUUUUUAAAGUGUAUAUAUGUGAAUGUAAUCUCAUUUUUAAAUAUAAUUUGUUUUUAUAAAAUGCAGGAAGUUUUCAUUUAUGCAUCCUCAAAGUGUGAAUAUUUUUAUUUAUAGACAUUGGAGUAUUUAUGUUAGAAGAAUUAAUUUUUGGGAUUAUUCAUGCUAAUGAGCAAUAUAGAACUGUUUAGGAUAGUAUAGGACUUGAAGAGCUAUUUCUAGAGUUGAACUAGGAUUGUUAUGAAGUGUCUUAGUUUCGAAAACUGAAUUUUGAAUUCUGAUUUAAAUAAAGAUGUAUUUUGUAAUAUCACUUCUAGUGGGGGAAAUCAUUCAAAUGCUUAAUAAACGUGUUUUCAAGUUUGCAUUUUUUCAGCCUCUUUUAUUAUUAUUAUUAUUAUUAUUUAAUUUUGAGAAUGUUUAAGUGAUAUGAAGAUGUUAUGACUUCCUUUGCUCAUGAAUACAUUUGUCUUUAAAAUGUACAUUACCUUUACAAUGUAUGGAUUUUUUAAAUUAGUUUUUUAAUAAAAAUUUAUUACUGCUUUUGAA